UCACGCACAUGCUACUUUGUUGUUAUUAUUAGCGUCAGUUGUGGGGCAUUUACUAACCGGACAGUCGCGUGCUAGGCGGCCGUUCUGGCUGGACAAAACUGAUAACGCUUAGACUGACCAAGGAGAUAAUACUUUCUCUAGUCAAAGAUUUGAGUGGUCGUUCUGAUAACGGAGCAGAUACAGCUCAGAUUUAAGGAUAUAUUUCAGAUAAACAUGGAGUCGCAUCCGAUGCAUGAGAUUCCUUAUUCCAACGAAAUUUUCAAGGAGAAUUCAACCCAAGAAUCGGGCGGUGUCGACGAAGAGAGCUAUCUCACAAUGUUCCGAAUACCCCGGCCCACGUCUACGCUGUCUCAAUCACCUGUCAACAGUAGCCCCACGUCGCUUUACGAGGCUGAGCCAGCAUCGCCUAAUGGCGCAGACACGGGCAAUGGAAAAUAUAGGAGGUUAUCUGUGGGCUCUGCUACCUCAAGCCUGUACAGACACCAGAUUAAGAAAAGUAAAGAAACGAGAAGAUGGCUUAUAGGAUGCUUGGCUGUUACCGUUGCAAUAUGUGCAAUAUUAGCUGUAGUAGUGAUUGUAUUGAUAGCUUUGUAUUCAAAGAAAGGAUCGGACGGUCAAGACAUUCCUUUGCCCUCUGCUGAGUCUUUAAAAUUUACCAAAAUGCAUUUCGGGGACUGUCAAGUUUUACCCGACAGAAGAGCUGGUGUUGCAGCGACGCCUUACUUUGCUGGAAAAAGUGUUCCCGCCAGGGCAAUCCAGAGCUGCUCCCAAGACAAUCCUAACCCGCGGUUUGAGGUUCACUGCCUGGCGCAGGACGCCAGUAACUCAACGGUGACGGUUCAGCUGUCACAGAAGGGCUCUCUCACAGGAGUAGUACUGGUAUUGCUCUCCAGCGCGCAUACUGCAUGGAGAAUAGUGGACGGUGGAAAUUUAGCUGGUCUUGUUUCUAUUGUCCAUUGCAAGAGAGACGUCAUUACUGCGGAGCAAAAACUUAUCAAACAAAAUACCAAUGUCCAUUGCCAAGAGGGUCCAUAUCUCAGCGAUGACGUAGCCAGCGCGGCAAUGAAAGAAGUACAGCAACGUUACGGAGACAUCACCUCUUUCACCUACACUCGUCAGUCUGACAGGUGGGAGUUACUGGUAGGCCAAAAGUCAAAAGAAAAUACCGCACAAAGUACGACAACAACCACGCCAAAUCCAAGCCCGACAGAAGACAAUUCGCAGUUUAGAAACCUAGUUAGCGUCCGUUUGGCAGAUGGUCAUCUCCCAACCAAAGGUCACGUCCAGUUGCUACUGAAUGACCACUGGUAUUAUUUGUGCGAAGACAAAUUUGACUUCGCAGACGCACAAGUGGUGUGCCGGACCCUUGGCUUUGGGGAUCGAGUAACGUUACAGCGCGGCACAUAUUACAACACCGUGGCAUCAAACCCACUACACGUGGACUUGAACUGCAAUGGACACGAAGAUAAUAUCACUGAGUGCGAUUUUAGAUUGUUGACGUCACGGGACAGCUGCUUGUCCAAUGAUGUUGCAGCAAUAACAUGCAUACCAGAUACCACGACACCGGCGCCAUCUACUGUUCAUCAGAGUCUGCUGACCGAUGUCCGACUGGUCAGUGGCAGCGUAGAAUAUGAGGGCAAUGUCCAGGUCCGGUACGGUUCAACUUGGCGAUAUCUGUGUAACAGUUAUUGGAGCAAGGCGGACGCCAAUGUCAUCUGCAACUCGCUGGGAUUUAGAAACGCAGCAACCAUUUAUCAUUUUUCAUACUUUGGUUCUACCCCAACCGGUGACCCACCGGUCUUUAUGCUGAACUGCCACGGCGAAGAGAAGACCGUGUCCCAGUGUGCGUACACUGCGGACUGGAACUCCUAUAAUGCCGGUUGUUCCCCUACAACCGUUGCCGGUGUCACGUGUCAGGGAGGUCCCAUCAAAAAUUUUUCAUGUACGUUUGAGACUGGGUUUUGCGGUAUGCAAUUUGAUACCACGGGUUUUUUCGCUUGGGCUCGUACAAAUGGUAGUACUUCCACCUAUAACACAGGCCCCGAUACUGACCACACCACUGGCACCGGCAAAGGUUUCUACACUUUCUACGAAUCAAGCUACGGUAUCCCUAUAUCUAAGCUAUCAACUCCAAAGUUUAUGGUGAACGGGUCAUCAGUGUACAACGUGACGUUCUGGUACCACAUGCAAGGUUCCACCAUGGGGACGCUGAGAGUGUACCAAAAUGGCAGCUCCUCCAGCAGCAUCGUGUGGCAGCGACAGGGUGACCGCGGAAACUUGUGGCAUUAUGCCGAAAUACACCUGGUUGCCAAAGAAAAUUUUACGAUCGUAUUUGAAGCGGUGAGAGGAAAAGGAUCAUUUUCGGAUAUUGCCCUUGAUGACAUUUUCAUAAAAGAAGCUUCUGAAAUCACAAAUCUCGAGAUCCCGUCCGAAAAAAUAGAAGUUCGUCUCACGGGGGGUCGCAGUAUAUAUGAGGGUCGUGUGGAAGUGCAGUACUUGGGAGAGUGGGGCUCGGUGUGUGGGGACGGCUGGAACAUGUCAAGUGCACUUGUGAUCUGUAGAAUGCUGGGAUCUAGCGGCGUCAUAAGAUCCUAUAGCGUAACGAAUUACCUUUUCGGUCCCGCAAAUGGCACGGUAUGGCUACGGGACGUGGCGUGUACGGGCAACGAGACCAGCCUUGGGCAGUGCCAGCACCCGGGAUGGGAGGACGCUAAGAAAUACGGAUGUUACCAUAACUUUGACGCCGCUGUCAAAUGCAGGGAUCCACGGGAUGUUGGCGCAGAUUGUACGUUUGAGAACGGAAUGUGCGACUUCAGUCAGGAUGAUGAUGACGUCAUUGACUGGGCCUUACAUCCGGGUGGUUCCACAGCGGUACAAACCGACCCUGUCAUUGACCACACCCUGGGCACGGUGUCAGGUUAUUAUAUUUAUCUAGAAUCAGCAAAUGCUGUGCCUGGAGACAAAGGUCGCAUCACUACCCCGACCAUCAAAAACAACAGCACGAGACAAUAUUCCAUAUCCUUCUGGUUCUAUAUGAAUAAUGGCCAAACCGCUCGCCAGGCGUCUCUAGCUGUCUACCUGUUGGUCGAUGGGAAUAUCGAAAAGAAAUUGUGGGAAUUCACGACUAAACGAGGAGGAACGGAUUGGCGCUUUCAUUAUCUGAACGAGACGAUAAGUAAUGAUUUUAAGGUUGUAUUUGAAGGUUCUAUUCACAGUAGUAACUUUACGGGAACAGUUAGGCCAGGGCUGGCACUGGAUGACAUAUUUAUAUCUGACAACGAAGGUAACUUUGGUAAGAUGUUGAAUGCGGAGUCAAUUCGCCUCUCUGGUGGUUUAGAUCCAUGGGAGGGCAGAGUAGAGGUCUACCACGGCGGAGUAUGGGGUACGAUAUGUGACGACGGUUGGGACAUCACAGACGCUACAGUGGCUUGUAGGAUGUUGGGCUACAGUGAUGCCGAGUUUGCAUACCCCAAAGCGUACUUUGGCACCGGUUCUGGUCGAAUUUGGUUGGACAACGUGGACUGUCUGGGACACGAAGGGUCACUUGAACACUGUCACCACAGUGGCUGGGGUCGUCUCCCGCUCUGCACCCACGACGAGGAUGCUGGUGUCCGCUGUAAAGUACCAGAAUCCUUUAAAAUGGGUGUGAGCAGUAUGAACUGCACAUUUGAGGAAGGUCUCUGCGGCUUCGUGGAUUUCACCCCAAACUACACCCCAUACGCCUACAACUGGACGCGAUAUAUGGGCCGCACUCCCACAGGAUAUACUGGACCGACUAGAGAUCACACGCUUGGUAAUACAAACGGACAUUAUAUAUACACUGAGGGAAGCAAUGUUCUCUCUGGCUUAAAGGCCAAAAUAGCGUCACCCACCAUCAACCCUGGGAAUCACGGGACGUACAAUGUAUCCUUCUGGGUUACCAUGUUCGGAAGACACGUCGGGGCACUCAGGGUCUUCCUGCGGCUUAUUGACUCCAACAGGACGAACGAUUUGUUGCUAUGGAAACACAGUGGUAGCCUUGGGCACGAGUGGAUUUUGGGACAUUUUCUCAUCCACACGAAAUCAAAAUUUAAGGUUAUCUUUGAGAGUGUUCGCGGAAAUGGUUAUUUGUCAGAUAUAGCACUUGACGACAUCAAUAUACAUCCGCAAAAAGAAAAAGAAUUCUCCAAAAUCUCCUGUACGUUUGAACAUGGGCUGUGCGAUUUUGUACAAGAUUUGGACGCUGCGCAGCUGUUUACCUUCAAUCGGGGCAAUACCCUUACUCCAAGGACAGGGCCGGAAAGUGACCAUACCCUGGGCACUGUCCAAGGUAUAUACGUUUAUCUCGAGGCAAGCAACAACCACUUCAAUGACAGCGCAAGACUCAUUUCUCCAAAAUUGCGUAAAAAUAUGACGUAUGCUGUGACGUUUUGGUACCAUUUGUUUGGCGAUAAUGUAGGCAGCUUAAGCGUCUACGUAGAGGUGAACGGCACCAAGCGUGGGAACGUGUGGAGCGUAAGCGGAAACCACGGCAACGUGUGGCUGCGUGGAUCUGUAGUGGUCAACGGGACGGAAAAUAGUUACGUGGUAUUUGAAGGCCGGCUUGGAACAGCAGAAGAUUCAGACAUAGCAUUGGAUGACAUAACGAUAGAACCUGUGCUCGGCAGCAAUAUCAGCGCACUUUUCACUACCCCGGUGCCACCCCCGGUUCCUGUGAGACUAGUGCAGGGUGCAUUCCCCUGGGAGGGCCGAGUGGAGGUGUACCACCUGGGCCAAUGGGGGACUGUUUGUCACGACGAGUGGGAUAUAAAUGAUGCUCACGUGGUCUGUAGAAUGCUGGGGUACAGCAAUGCAUCAAAGGUUUACAGUGGGGCACGUUUUGGAGCCGGCAGUGGCGUGACGUGGCUGGACAACGUACGUUGCCAUGGAGACGAGAUGUCAAUUCUUGACUGUUCUCAUAACGGGUGGGCAAUGGAGGAUUGUAGUCAUUUACAGGAUGCCGGUGUAAGGUGCACUGCCCCACCGUCAGCCACUACACCAACCCCCGUGAGCACCACACUGUAUCCCCAGGACUGGUGCCACCCCGCGGGAACCCUAGACGGCGUUAACCCGUACCGACCUCACCCGGGAAACUGUUCCAUGUUUCUGAUAUGCUUUAACAACGGGAUAGUUGGAACUACCAUAUGUCCCGCUGGGGAAUUCUUUUCUCCCAAUGCUAGCUUGUGUGUUCCGGCCAGAAACAUGUCGAACCAGUGCUCACCAGAUGGCUUUCCUCUCUCCUCUCAUGGGGCAAGCAGUUGUCAGGCGGGUUGGAGCCAAUUCCAGAGACAUUGUUACAAGUAUUUCAAUGAUACAAAGCACUAUGUAGAUGCAAUGGUUUUUUGUAAAAUUCAUGACGGCGAUAUGGUGAGCAUCCUGUCUGAAGACGAGCAACAGUUUGUAGGCACACUGGUCGGAAAUAACACUGCUCCUGACACAUAUGUAUACAUUGGUUAUAACACUAUUCAAACUAUGGGCCAGUGGGACUGGGUAGACGGCUCCAUGGGAUAUUACGACAAUUGGGCCGUCCUGGAUUUCCAGCCGGACCCUAGCUCCACUGGUGAACGCUGUGCUGCUAUGACAACGGAGCCAAGUAAAACCUGGUACGACAGGUCGUGUCUUGAAGAGCUGCCGUUUAUAUGCAAGGCGAAAACACGUGUAUAGAAAGAGUUUUCAUUUCUUAAAGUAAAGACACGAUGAGUCAAUAUUUGUAUAGGAUACAGAUAGGUGGCAAGGCAUGGGGCUUGAACAGUGUCUUGAACAAGAUGUUAUUAUAUUCUUCGCACAGUCUUGCCUUUGCUACAAGCUCACUUUGCAAUUCAGUUCCUCUAUGCAGUAUGAUUUACAAACUUUGUAAAAUAUAGCACAACAGAUCUGUAAAUGAUGCAUGAUAAGAUAUUCAGGACAUUUUCCAAAGGAAACGGAAAAUUUUAAUACACUUUUGUGUAUAUGUGGUGCGAAAUA